AUAAUGUGAUACAAAAAUCAUAUGCAUGUAACACGUAUGUAUGUACAUAUGUACUGACGUAUGUGUGUACUAAUCCAAGUGAUUCAGAAUAACGAUAACUGAGAACACUUUCAGCAGUUCACUCACCUGUCAUUUACUUAUUUGCUCGGAUGGAAAUAAUUUCUGUUCAGCCAGUACAUAUGUACAUGUAUCUAUAAAAAUAGUUAGAAACUUGCAAUGGAAAAAUUGGAAAUCUUGUCUGCUUCAGUAGUAGGAAACUCUCUCAUUCUACACAAAAUUCUGCCUUACCUUCCCCUUCGAGACGUGAAAAAUUUUCGAUUAGUUUCCCCCUUCUGGGGACACGAGGGGCUCAAAUACCUUUUAAAACUUUCAUGCGUGGAAUUUCCAACGUGGGACAUAACAAGAAUCACCAAUUAUACAGCCGCUGCCGACGCCGAGAAAAUAUUUGCUCAUCCCAACUUGAGAAUUUGGCAUAACCGUGGACCUAUCGAAAACUGGCAACCCGUUUUAAACCUCCUUCAGAAAUAUGCCGGAAAUAUUCGGUGGUUAAGUUUGAGAAUUGAGAUUCGGGAUUUACAAUGUCUAAACAUUUUACCUCUGACUAAAUACCUCGAGGUGUUGGAGAUUCAUUUUACUACGCUAACCAUGUUACAAUUAGAAGAAGUUGAAGAAAAUGUAGGGAUCAUUCCAAAAUUUGGAUUUUUGAAAAAUGUACUCCUUAGAGUCUUUCUAAAAUCAAGCGAGGAAUUAGGUCGACCACACUCUUUGUUCACCGUAUUGAACAAAUUCGAGAUAUUCAAAGCCAUUCAAAAACUGGAAGUAGUGAUCGAUCCCAAAGUACCUGACUCGAUUGGGUCCAUUAUUUUAGAAGAGGUCCUAAAAUCAAGAAACUUAACAAACCUGAAUCACAUACGUCUACCAAAUGUCAGACCUGGGAUGCUUCAAAAAAUACUAGGCCGGGAAAAUAUUUCUCUGAAGCGUUUCGAACUUGGUAACGUUCCCCAAUCAGAGUUUGUCUCACUUUCUGAAAUUUUAGGAAGGAACUCGGCAACUUUAGUCAUUUUAGAAAUUGGAUUUCAAAUACUCGAUCUGAAUGAACAAUUUGCCGAGGAAAUUCUCCACAUUCCGAACCUUCCAGAAUUAAGGCGAUUACAAUUUGGACCUGAGCCGUGUGGCGUGAUUUGUCAUCCACGUGGAUCCGAUAGACGUCAGAGCAACUCAAAACGACGCCUCAAUGAGAGAGGAGUCAAUCGUCGUGUCCAGUUGCUAAGGUGUAUUGAUGGGUUUGAUAUUUUCAACAGAAUCACAUCAAAUAUAAUUCAGGGUGGUGGUACUGCUUUUCAAACCAAAUUUCCAAAACUGACGCAUCUCGAGUUAAAGGUUGGAGGAUUCAAAGAUCAUGAAUUUUUUUGUUCAGAUGAAUGGAAGCACGUAGUCCUUUCCCAGAUUAAAGUAUUAUCUGUUGAGUUUCGAAACCUGGCAGUUACUAAAGAUGCCUAUAACCGAGUUGUGGAUCGUCUACUUGAAAUAUUCCCAAACGUGAGGCAUCCUUAUGAAAAUUGGUCGGGACGACAGCCACCAUUAAUUUUACAGUAAUCUUCAGCUUCGUCACUUCCAUCACUGCAAUCCUUCCGGCCAUCGCAGACGCCACGGACGGCGAUACAAUUCCCCCCACCACAUUGGAAAGUAGACUAUGAAAAAUGAAGAUUACGCUAUUUUUUGUCUUUUUUGAGACGAAUUUUUUAGGACCUUGUCAUUUUUGCAGGGACAAUUUAAUUCGUCGCUUCGAUCAAGACAAUCAAACUCCCCAUCGCAAAGGAAGUCGUUCUUAAUACAAGCACCGUUCCCACAUUUAAACUGGAGUUGAGAAAAAAUAAAUAAAUAAAUCAGAAAUUACAAA